AUGAUGUAGAAAAGUAAUUAAGAGGAGAAAUAAUUAUUUAAUAUAAUAUAGAAAAAAUUUAAAUAAAAUUGGCAAACAUAUUUAGAAGAUAAUUAAAGAAGGAAAAAAGAUAAUUUUUUAAGUUAAUAUCAGUAUAUAGUUAGAAAUGUUAUUGAAACUAUGGAAAAUUUUGAAUUGGCUUUUGAUAUGAUAAAGUUAAUUCAAAGAAUAAGUAAAAUAUUAAUUGAAUUUUUAAGCUUUAAGAUAUCGUUUAAGAUCAAAUAAAGAUGAUUCAAAUGAAAUUGUUAAAAGAAAAAGAACACUAUAAUGA